AAGAAGCCCGCAGCGAAAGGUGGCAAAAAAAAGAAGCAGGUGCUGAAGUUCACCCUGGACUGCACUCACCCCGUGGAGGAUGGCAUCAUGGACGCCGCCAACUUUGAGCAGUUCCUGCAGGAAAGGAUCAAGGUGAACGGCAAAGCGGGAAACCUGGGUGGGGGUGUGGUGACUAUCGAGAGGAGCAAGAGCAAGAUCACGGUCACGUCAGAGGUCCCGUUCUCAAAAAGGUACCUGAAGUACCUGACCAAGAAGUACCUGAAGAAGAACAACCUGCUGCGCUACUUCCAGAUCAACCAGGACGAGGAGGAGGAGGAGGAGGAGGAUUGA